UCUCAAAGCAGCCUCUCUCUUCUUCAUUUAUAAGUAACCCCAAAAAAAAAAAAACUUGAUCUCUUCUUGUUCUCUUUACGUCACAAAGACAAUUCGAUUCCAAUAAUGGACAGACGUAACCCUUUCCAACAUCACCUCCACCACCAUCAGCUUCAUCAUCAUCACUUGAUUCAACAGCAACAGCUUCCUCCUCCAUCUCAGAGCACGAUGGCGGCGAUGGAUCCCGGCGGAGGAGGAGGUGAGAGAAUCCCACAGUGGAGCAUAGAGGAGACAAAGGAGCUUUUGGGUAUAAGAGAAGAGCUUGAUCAGACUUUCAUGGAGACCAAACGUAAUAAGCUUCUUUGGGAAGUCGUGGCUGCUAAGAUGGCCGACAAAGGUUUUGUCCGUAGCCCUGAACAAUGUAAGAGCAAGUGGAAGAACCUCGUCACCAGAUACAAGGCGUGUGAGACGACAGAGCCAGAUGCUAUUAGGCAGCAAUUCCCAUUCCACAAUGAAAUUCAAUCGAUUUUUGCAGCAAGAAUGCAAAGAAUGCUGUGGUCAGACCCCACAGAACCAAGCACUUCUUCAAAGAGAAAACAUAAUCAAUUUUCAUCUGAUGAUGAUGAAGAAGAGGAAGAAGAAGUUGACGAGCCAAAUCAAGACAUCAACGAGGAAUUAUUAUCUUUAGUAGAGACACAGAAGAAAGAGACAGAAGUGAUUACUACUAGUACUUCUGCCAAUCCAAGAAAACGUGCUAAAAAAGGAAAAGGAGUAACUAAAGCUGAAACCGCGGCUGGCAGUACAAUAAAAGAAGUAUUGGAGGAGUUUAUGAGGCAGACGGUGAAGAUGGAGAAGGAAUGGAGAGAUGCAUGGGAGAUGAAGGAGAGAGAGAGGGAAAAGAGAGAGAAAGAGUGGCGGAAGAGAAUGGCGGAACUAGAGGAGGAGAGAGCUGCCGCGGAGAGGAGGUGGAUGGAGAGAGAGGAAGAGAGACGGAUGAGAGAAGAAGUUAGGGCUCAGAAGAGAGACACUCUCAUUGAUGCUUUGCUUAAUAAGCUUAAUAGAGAUCAUAAUGAUCAUGGUCGUAAUCAAGGUUUCUAAUUUCUCAUAAAUAGGCUACUCAUAAACAUGAGUUAAUUUGCUAGGCAAAUCAAUUAGGUCAUAUCUAAAUUAAUGUUCCUUUUAUUUAUAUGAACUAUAUUAAUUAUAUUCGAAAAGAAAAAUAUAAAAUAUCAGAUUUUGAUA